AUGAUUUUGGGGAUAGUUCUAAACCCUAACUACGAUUUAAGAUUGUUCUACAGCGAAUCCAGUCCAAAAAUUCAACCUACUGACAGUGAAUUUCGAGGUAAGUAUCUCCGGUAUGAAACGGCAGAAAGCCUCGAAGGGUGGUCUAACCAUUUCUCGGCGCGUUACGCGAUCGACGACCAGACUUCAGAGAAACUCAUUGCCUCUUCCUGA